CUUGUUUACCACUCCGAUUUCUUUUGACUGAGUCGUUUCUGUUUUCAAGUUCUUCUUCUUUGUUUCGCCAAACCCAUCGACCAAACACCGAUUGCUUCGUUUAGAGACGAUAAUUGAGUUUGGUUAGUAUGGCUAACACGGAAGAAGAAAUCUACGAGGUGUUUCUAGAGAAAGUCCGUCGCACAGUGUACAUAGACGAGCUCACUCCUCACGCCUCAAAGGCGGUUUUAGAGUCUGCUUUCAAUCAGUUUGGAACGGUCAAGGAUGUGAGAUUCUUGCCAAACUACUUGGGUCCUAAGGAGCUUCCAAUGGGGGUUCUUGUUGAGAUGGAGACUGAAGACAUGGCAAAGGCUGUUAUUGAUACCGUGUCUCAGCUUCCUUUCAUGGUUGCUGGAAUGCCUAGGCCUGUGAGAGCCAUUGCUGCUAAGCCUGAGUUGUUCCAUGAUCGACCUAAGAAGCCUGGUAGGAGGAUCCAUUGUCGCUGGAUAGACCCCAAUGACCCUGAUUUCGAGAAGGCCAAGAAAGGGAAGCGUCUUGCCUGGAAACACACUGCUGAAGCUCUCUUUGUGACUAAGAGUCAGCUUGAGGAUGCAAAGAAGCUGGCUGAAAAACAAUCUGAGACAAAGACAACACACCACAAGAAGUUUGAGAUGAUGGAUGAAAUCAUCCAAAAUGGUGCUGCUCAGAAGUUGGCUAGCCGUUACAACAUGAGAUCUUUUCCUUAUCGCUAGGAGGUUGAGUCUGAGGGUAAGUAAAGUAGUUGGGGAUUUGCUUCAAACGCAAAGGAAGGAUAUUAUGCUUAGAACUUGUUAAUUCAGACUAGUUUGUGCAGUGUCUGUGUUUUGUUGACUUAACUUGCUUUAGCUGCUGCUGUUUUAGGCUUUCUAACUUGUAAUGAAGAUUGUUCUACAUUGCUCAUUAUUGUCUCUACUCGUGCCAAGCUUAUUAGCUG